CUGCUUGUCACGAAGAACCUUGUCCCGGGAGAAAGUGUGUAUGGCGAAAAGCGGAUAUCCAUAGAGGGUGGUGUCGACGACACAAAGGUCGAGUAUCGAGUAUGGAAUCCUUUCCGGAGUAAGCUGGCAGCAGGUGUAUUGGGCGGUAUGGAUAAGAUUUUCAUUGAACCUGGAAAGAAGGUUCUAUACCUCGGUGCUGCCAGCGGCACGAGUGUCAGUCACGUAGCAGAUAUUGUUGGUCCCGAAGGUGUUGUAUAUGCUGUUGAAUUCUCGCCACGAUCAGGGCGUGAUUUGAUUAAUAUGGCAAAAAAGCGAACAAACGUCAUUCCCAUCGUGGAGGACGCCCGCCUUCCUAACAGGUACCGCAUGCUGGUGUCAACUGUAGACGUUAUAUUCGCAGACGUUGCACAACCCGAUCAAGCACGUAUUGUCAUCCACAAUGCGCAGUUCUUCCUCAAAGAUGGUGGCCAUGUGGUCAUCUCCAUCAAAGCUAGCUGUAUAGAUUCAACAGCAGCACCCUCCGCCGUUUUUGUGCAGGAAGUACAAAAACUACGAGAAAACAAGUUCAAGCCUAUUGAACAAAUUACACUCGAGCCGUACGAGCGUGACCACGCUAUGGUUGCUGGUGAGCAGUCUCCAUGUCUUUUUGGUUGCUACUUGUGCCUGACAUUGCUUGAUCAUACAGCUCAAUACCAAAGACACGUUAUAUAA